AUUGCAAUUUUGCAAUAUUUAUUUUUAUGAAUAAUAGAGAAGAAGAGAAACAGACCCAAUAAAUAGAUGAUACGUAAAUAUGUAAUUUAAGUAAGAGCAAAUAAUAAUGAUGAGGAGUUGAGAAAAUAAUAUUUAUAGGAAUUGUAAAAACGAGUAAAAGAAUCAAGAAAACAACCAGAUUGCUUUGAAUGUUGUUUUGCAUAUUGGUUGUUUGUUUUUUUAGGAUUUGUCUUUAGAUAACUAUUCUAAAAGAAAAUUGAUGAAACACCUGAUAAUUGUGAUUUCAUUGGAUCAAUAAUUUCAAUUCUGUUAUUUUUGUUUUCAAUCUCUGCUUGUUGUAGAUGUAUUGAUUGUUGCUGCAUUUUAAUAACUUGCAAGAAUACUAGCUGUUUUCAUUUAUCAUUACAAUUUCACGAUCUUAACAACGUUAUCAAUUAUUAAACAUGUAAAUGGAGCUUGAUUAUUUUGACAAUUAUCUGGUUAUUAAAUUAUAGCUGCAUAGUGUUUUGGCCUAUGUUUAUAUUCCUAUUGAUAACAUGGAUAUUGAUAUUAGUAUGGAAGGCAAUGGAAAAUGAAUGAUAGAUUUAUUGAAUAAUAAUUUUAAAACCCAAAAGAA